AUGGAGUGUGAGUGGAAGCCAGACGAGCAGGGACUCCAGCAGAUAUUACAGCUGCUGAAAGAGUCUCAGUCACCAGAUACGUCCACGCAGAGAUCCGUCCAGCAAAGACUUGAACAGCUGAACCAGUAUCCAGACUUUAACAACUAUUUGAUAUUCGUUUUGACGAAAUUAAAAUCAGAAGACGAACCGACGCGUUCUUUGAGCGGACUGAUACUGAAGAACAAUGUGAAAGCUCACUAUCAGAACUUCCCAAAUGGCGUAUCUGAUUUCAUCAAGAAUGAGUGCCUCCAGAACAUCGGAGACUCUUCCCCCCUCAUUCGGGCCACCGUGGGUAUCCUCAUCACCACAAUUGCUUCAAAGGGGGAGCUACAAAACUGGCCCGAGCUUCUGCCCAAACUCUGCGUACUGCUGGAUUCUGAGGACUACAACACAUGUGAGGGAGCAUUCGGAGCUCUGCAGAAGAUCUGUGAGGACUCUGCAGAGAUUCUGGACAGUGACAUGCUGGACCGUCCUCUCAACAUCAUGAUUCCCAAAUUCUUGCAGUUUUUUAAACACAACAGUCCUAAGAUCAGGUCUCAUGCCAUCGCCUGCAACCUGUUUGCACUGGCAACAGACGAGGAGCCGGAGGUGAGGAAGAAUGUUUGCAGAGCUCUUGUCAUGCUGCUGGAGGUUCGUCUGGACCGUCUGCUGCCACACAUGCACAACAUCAUCGAGUACAUGCUUCAGAGGACCCAGGACCACGACGAGAACGUUGCUCUUGAGGCCUGCGAGUUCUGGCUCACGCUGGCGGAGCAGCCAGUGUGUAAGGAAGUGCUGUGUGGUCACCUCGCCCAGCUCACUCCGGUUCUUGUCAACGGGAUGAAGUACUCUGAGAUUGACAUCAUCCUCCUCAAGGGGGACAUUGAAGAGGAUGAGGCCAUUCCAGACAACGAGCAAGACAUCAGACCACGCUUCCACCGCUCCCGCACCGUGGCCCAGCAGCACGAAGAGGAUGGGAUUGAGGAUGAAGAGGACGACGAUGAUGAGCUGGAUGAUGACGACACUAUCUCUGACUGGAACCUGCGAAAGUGCUCUGCUGCAGCAUUGGAUGUGUUGGCCAACGUGUUUAGGGAUGAUCUGCUGCUACACAUCCUUCCCCUUCUCAAAGAGCUGCUUUUCCAUCCUGAGUGGGUCGUUAAAGAGUCUGGCAUCCUUGUCCUGGGGGCUAUAGCCGAAGGGUGUAUGCAAGGCAUGAUCCCAUACCUGCCAGAGCUCAUCCCACACCUCGUCCAGUGUUUGUCUGACAAAAAGGCCCUUGUGCGCUCCAUCACCUGCUGGACACUGAGCCGUUACGCACACUGGGUGGUCAGCCAGCCCCCAGAUAUUUACCUGAAGCCUUUAAUGACGGAGCUGCUCAAACGCAUUCUGGACAGCAACAAGCGCGUGCAGGAGGCCGCUUGCAGUGCCUUUGCCACUUUGGAAGAGGAGGCUUGCACAGAGCUCGUGCCCUACCUGGCAUUCAUCCUGGACACGCUGGUUUUCGCUUUCAGCAAGUACCAGCAUAAAAACCUGCUCAUACUUUAUGACGCAAUAGGAACGCUUGCAGAUUCAGUGGGACACCAUCUCAAUAAACCGGAGUACAUCCAGAUGUUGAUGCCACCAUUGAUCCAGAAAUGGAACCAGCUUAAGGAUGAAGACAAAGAUCUCUUCCCGCUAUUAGAAUGUCUAUCCUCUGUGGCCACAGCCCUGCAGAGUGGCUUCCUGCCCUAUUGUGAGCCUGUGUACCAACGCUGUGUCAACCUUGUCCAGAAGACUCUCGCUCAGGCCAUGCUUCACCAGUCACAACCAGACCAAUAUGAAGCCCCCGAUAAAGACUUCAUGAUCGUGGCUUUGGAUCUUCUCAGUGGACUGGCUGAGGGUUUAGGAGGCACCAUUGAGCAGCUGGUUGCUCGUAGCAACAUCCUCACUCUCAUGUACCAGUGCAUGCAGGACAAAAUGCCGGAGGUCCGUCAGAGUUCUUUUGCUCUGCUUGGGGAUCUCACCAAGGCCUGUUUCCAACAUGUCAAACCAUGCAUCGCUGAUUUUAUGCCCAUACUGGGCACCAAUUUAAACCCAGAGUUAAUAUCAGUGUGCAACAAUGCAACAUGGGCAAUAGGGGAGUUAUCUAUACAAAUGGGGCCUGAAAUGCAGCCAUACAUUGCCAUGGUGCUGCACCAGCUGGUGGAGAUCAUUAACAGGCCCAAUACCCCAAAGACUCUACUGGAAAACACAGCAAUAACAAUUGGUCGUCUUGGUUACGUUUGUCCUCAAGAGGUGGCACCCAUGCUACAGCAGUUUAUAAGACCCUGGUGCACCUCUCUACGAAAUAUAAGGGACAAUGAGGAGAAAGACUCUGCAUUCAGAGGAAUUUGCACCAUGAUCAGUGUAAAUCCCGGAGGCGUGGUGCAGGACUUUAUAUUCUUCUGCGAUGCAGUCGCCUCCUGGGUAAAUCCAAAAGAUGAUCUCAGAGACAUGUUCUACAAGAUCCUUCAUGGAUUCAAGAACCAGGUGGGAGAAGAGAACUGGAGGCGCUUCUCAGACCAGUUCCCAAUGCCGUUAAAGGAACGGCUAGCAACCUUUUAUGGAGUAAUUCGCUAUGGGACAGUACGGGGAACCAUCCCAGGGAACAUGUUACCCUUUACUGGGGGGAAGGGUCUGCCUGUUUAUGGAAGGGGAAGGGGUAAAGACCCCUCCCCGACCUGGUGGACGGGGUGGGAGGGA